AUGAUACGAGGUUAUGGGCCUAUAGCUCAGGCAUAUUUUGGCACACUCUUCACAUGGGGUUUAACCGCUGCUGGUGCGGCAUUAGUGUUUGUCUUUUCAUCUGGCAAGAGAAAAGUUCUAGAUGGUAGCCUUGGAUUUGCUGCCGGAGUUAUGGUGGCAGCUUCCUUUUGGUCAUUAUUACAGCCAGCAAUAGAAUUAGCUACAAAGUCCGGCCACUACGGCCAAGAUGGCCAGUUUUCUUUUAUACCCGUUGGAAUUGGUUUCGCAUUCGGUGCUGCUUUUGUUGGUGUCACUGAUAUGAUGAUGAGUAGAAUGAAUAUUUCUUCACCCCAAAUCGCUUUAGCAAAUGUGUACUGUAAAAGUAUGAACGAAGACACCGAACGAUUUGAAUUAGGAGCAGAAGAUGAAGAAGUCAAUAAUCGUUAUCAUCACCAAAGCGAUAAUAGUAACCUUGUCUAUCGUUCACUCAAUAAUAAAGCAGUUGAGAAUAAUAAAACUCAACAUUCUGAAUACCAGAAAAAUUCUGAGAUGAUUAAUCUUCAAUGGCGUCGUAUCAUUUUACUAGUCAUCGCGAUAACAGUCCACAACAUUCCAGAGGGUCUUGCUGUUGGAGUAGGAUUUGGUGCAAUUGGAAAAACGGAGCAAGCGACUUUUGAAAAUGCUAGAAACCUAGCAAUUGGUAUUGGCAUUCAGAACUUUCCGGAAGGACUGGCUGUAAGCCUACCUCUUAAGGCCAUGGGAUUCUCAACAUGGACAAGUUUCUGGUAUGGACAACUGAGCGGAAUGGUAGAACCAAUAGCUGGAAUAUUAGGAGCUGCAGCCGUUAUGAUAGCUGAACCAAUUUUGCCUUAUUCAUUAGCCUUUGCUGCUGGUGCCAUGAUUUAUGUAGUCAUUGAUGAUAUUAUCCCGGAAGCGCAAACUAGUGGUAAUGGUCGUUUAUCAUCCAUUGGUUGUAUCGUUGGAUUUCUCGUUAUGAUGUCCCUUGAUGUUGGAUUGGGUUAA